AUGGGAGUUGAUCCAUUCUCCCCAGUCGCACCGGUGCGUCUGAAUAUUCUUCUCCUGCCAGUUGGCAAGAUCAAGAGGUCGAGGUUUCUAGGCUUUGCCGCAAGAUUGCAAGGUGAAACCGUGAUCCGUCUCGGCGAUGUCAGUCCUGAUGCACGUCCAAAUCGAAAUAUGUUCACGCCGCUAGCCUUCCCAAAUGGCAUGAUCCUAUAUAACAUAUCCUUCUCCGUACCACCAACUUCCCAUCUUGAGCUAUUUCCGUUCGAAGUUUUCCGAGAACCUUUGGCAGUAAUUGCCGUUGCCGACGGCGCCGAACUACAGAGCGAUGAGGGAGAUACAAGCAAAGACUCCGAUACGAAAAGGAGCAGCAGAGUGGAAGUUCCGCCCAAUCCCAAGGGCCUAGGAGACUUGAUGAAGGAACUUGCAUGGGUCAAGGAGCAGAAUCCCAGGGCUUUGACCAGCCAGCUACUCAUCUUCGAUUAUGCAGGCCUUGAUAAAUCGAUAAGUGGUCCGGAUGAUGUUAUAUGGGUGCCCACGCCUCAGUUGUCCAGACCAACGACAAUGAAAACUGUUCUGUGCGAUAUAACUUCCCUGUUGCUCGGUGAAAUGGACGAGUUCGCGAAGCUUCUACAAAGCAUACCUGCCAUCGAUUCUCCGAAAGCCUCGUCAUGGGGUCCACGAAGGGGCCCAGAGCUGCGCCCCCGCCCUAUAGAUAAACUAAUGCACAGAAUGACAAUGCCCGCGCAGUUUCCAGUGUCAAAUGGUGACUCCGAAUCUGUGACUAGCUCUGGCAGAUCCUCCCCAGCUCCUGCAGGUCAUAAUUCUCCCACUACCUUCGAUGAAAUCACCCGAUCCAUACAAGUUUCAAAUCGCUCUGCUCCAGGGGGGAGACCGCCUUCUUCGAAAGAAAGCAGUCGUGAUCGAAUGUCUGUUCAGGGUCUCACUGCUGCAGAUCGUACCAAAAAUCGAAUCAAAGGUCGUCUCGGUGUCGUUAUCGGUACCCUGUACCUGCAAACUGGCAGAUGGCCAGAUGCAUUAAAAGAACUUAUUGAGGCUGCAACCAUGGCCCGCGCCAGUAGUGACUAUAUCUGGCAUGGGAAAGCACUUGAGUCAAUCCUCCUGUGCCUCGUGAUGCUCGGGUGGGCCGGAAUGGAUUUUCAGGUCCCCCAGGUCUGCUACCCUGUAGCUGAAAAGUCCAGCUCUAAAUCGUCAUAUUCAAGCCCUAGUGUGCCGGAUAUAUCAAUACCUGGUCAAUCUUCCACGGGAAAUCGAAUAGUCUCAUUGCAAAACCUUGCUAAUCUAAUGCCCGACCUUUGUAAUAACAUUCUCAACUUAUACAAUCGGGCUGCUGUUAUCACAGAUGAGCCACUUCCGCCUUUGGUAUUUGCUGAAACAGUCAUACGCCUAUCACGUCUUCUCUCUGCUAUUCGACUUCGUGCUGGGACUCUAGAUGACACUGCGUUGAGACAUAUCGUCGUGGGCGAAACUCUUGUACCUUCACAACAAGAGUGGCCGCGUGGCGCACCGAUACUCAAGAAGAAUGAUAUUGCAAAUUUCUUGUUUCGUGCCUUGCCUCUCGCACCUGAAAUUGAGUUGCCAGUCACUGAUGCCGCACCAGUUCUCGUUGGUAUAUCUUCUGUUCUCUCAACUCUGGAUCUUCCAAGGAAGAAAGCACUUGUUUUGAAAGAGUUGGUUUCACUUAUGGUUCCUGGGUUAGUGGAAGCUAGGAAAAUUGGAGCUGCUGAGAUAGGUAUUCAUCCUGCUGCAGGGCUCUCAUCCUUGAGUGACACUUCUUUUGAAAUCAAUGCAUUAGAUGCAGGUCGUGGGGAUAUGGAGGAAAGCACUCGUGCUCUUCUGACAUUGGUCGGUGAAAUAUAUGGUGUUCAGCCUUCUAUUUAUCAAGAACGCAAGAAGAAUCGGGUAACGUCAAGACCUUCAUCUGAAAGCAACGGACUAGGUGGGGAUAAUUAUGACUCCGUUGCGUCUAUCGUUGAGCGUGCAUUCCGUCACGUAACUCUAGACCGGUAUGGCGAUUUGGGCCUGAAAAUUGCGGUUCUCAGAUUGUCAAUUAAUCUUUGCGAAGCGCUUCCGGAAUUUGAAGGCGUCUUACAGUACACUGUUGAGCUACUCCAGACAAUCCGAGGACAUCUUAUGCUUCCUGAAACGGAACGAGUGCCGCCCGUUAUAUCCGCCGACGAACAAAUGAGACUCCUCAACACAAUAAAACGGACCGUUGGUGCAGCUCAUAAGUUGGGUGCAACUGAUCUUGAGUCUGAAUACUGGGAUGACUUUCUCGUUCGUGACGUUGCUUUGCUUGAUUUCCUUGAAUUCAAGCGACUCUUUCGCCGGUCAAGAAGAGACUUGAAUGCUGCGACUGUUUCCGAUGAGAAAUCAAAGAAAGACCCAUUUUUGUAUAACGCUUUUGCAAAGUUUGAUAACAAGACAUCCGAAGCUUUGAUGAUCGCCAAAGAGCUCGCAACCUUUAGGGUUACGCUUCAAAAUCCCUACAGCUUCGAACUUGAAAUCGAAAGCAUCCAAAUGCAAAGUGAUAACCCGACUCUUGACGCCAGGGCAUUCAAUGUUAUAGUGCCACCAUUGUCCUUGUACGAUAUCAUGGUUCCAGGCAUAGUCAUUGAAACAGGGAAUCUCCAUAUUACUGGCUGUACUAUCAAGGUCAGGAACUGUCGCUCUAGGACCUUUCCAAUAUUCAAGAGCAUUUGGAAACCAACUCCAGAGGUGAAACUCAAGCGCACCGGUUUAGCCGCUAAACGGCCUCUUUCAGAGCGGCCGCUUUCAUGGAGUUCCACCACUUCGAAAGAUGGGAAAGUUCUCGCCAAAGUUGGGCCAGAAACUUAUACUUGCCCAGUAAAGGUCAUCCACCAGCAGCCCUCGGUAAUUGUACACUCAACCUCGCUAUCUCAGUCUGCUAUAAUGUUAUUAGAAGGGGAAUUUAAGUCCUUCGAUAUAACGCUACAUAACAUUUCAUCAUGUGCUGUCAGUUUCAUCUUUUUCACAUUCCAAGAUUCAACGACUCGUCAAUUACAGAAUGCGUUGAACAACAAAGAUCUUCUUCCAGCAGAAGUCUAUGAGUUGGAUCUUCAAUUAUCUUCAAAUCCCCCGUUGCGCUGGCUACGACAGGGAAAUAACCCCAACGAUAUCACAAUUGAGGCAGGACAAAAGGCAACUUUCACAAUUGAAGUAUUUGGUAAACCCGGUCUCCAAGACGCCACUGUCCAGAUUGAUUAUUGCCACUUGGGAGAUAAACAGGAUUCCAUUCCUGAAACCUUUUAUACCCGGCAAUUAUCUAUUCCGCUCACCGUGACGGUCAAUGCAAGCGUCGAAGUAGCACGAUGUGAUCUUGUUCCUCUCUCUGGGGACAUUUCAUUUUUCAAUCAGCAGACGGAGGGGUCGACGUCGUCAUCUGAAGUGGAGAAGACAUACUCCUCACCAUUAUUGAAGAAUCAGACUUCUCAGGUCACAUCCGUUCUCUCCCACCUUGGUUCCGAUAUACGUACUUCGGACCAUUGUCUUGCAAUUCUCGAUUUACGUAAUGCAUGGCCAAAUCCUCUUUCCGUUUCUCUGAAUACUUUCCGGUACGUAAAUACCAGUCCAGGGGAACAGACCGAAACUCCAAUCACUGUCAAGGGUGUGUUGCAGCCUGGCCAGAUUUCCAGGUUUAUUCUUGCUCUUCCCAGGAUCUUUCUAGACAAUUCCCAUGCAGCUAUCCCAAUCAUGCACUCGGUACGAAGACAAUUUGUUGUCAGUGCAAAUAAACUCACGUUUGAAGCCGAAGCAGCGACCAGAGAGGCUUUCUGGUUCCGUGAAGAAUUUAUGAAACGUAUGCUAGGAACAUGGCGCGAGGAGUCAAGCGGCCGAGAAGGACAGAUCGACUUCCGCAACAUCAGGUUCAACCCCAGGAUGGUUGACGCAAUGCGCCUCGAGGACGUCGAAGUGAAGUUCUCUCUGGCUUCUUUCAACGAAGAACACCCCGUGACCCAGGUCAAGAGCUCUAAAUAUACUGCAGAAACGAACAACUUUCUUAAUCUCACAGUAGAGAUUCAAAAUCGUUCUUCUCGACCAAUACACCCAUUACUUCGGCUUCAGCCCGGACUUUGUCAUCAACCUAGUACCAUUGCGCUUGAUCUUUUGAAACGACUUGCGUGGACUGGUACACUGCAGCGUGCACUCCCUGUGGUUCCUGGAGGAGAGAAAAUUGUUGCUACCCUUGGAUUGAUCUUCUUCUGUCGCGGAGAGUAUGAGAUUGGGGCAAGCGUGGAAGAAGUGCGACUUAUGAAACCAGUAUCAUCGGGUGAUGAUGCAUCCCACUCAAGAAGUACGGGAGAUGUCGACGAAAUGUUCAUACCGGACACGUUCGCCACAGAUGGAACUAAGAAGAGGCGCAUAUGGCAUGCAAGAGAUCACUGUGUGAUUGCUGCUCAUGAUUGA